UUGAAACUGCUGAAAAUAGAAAAUACAUUAUUAUUAUGGCUUUUUUCGUUAUUAACCAACAGGCACCAGUUAUCCCUGACAGAUUCAUCCUCACACGUUGACCUAAAACAGAUUAACACCUAAACCAGUGGCAGGGAUGCCACUUUGAUUCUGACAUCGCCAUGAAUGCAUUGAACCGUUCAGGCCCUUACUCCACUACCUCCCAGAUUUGCCGCCCAUCCUCGUUCUCACGGCAACCACCGCGAGUGCUGAUUGUGGACGCGUCACCGCCAUCGUGGUCAGAGAUGAGCACUACACUGUGUGAGGCUCUGGAUAACUUCCUGACUCUUGCCAGUAGUCUUGAAGAACCAUGUAGACUGCCUUUACUGAGUCUCUACGCCCUUAGCAGACAACAUGAGUGUCUGUUGCCCUUUGUGCAGGUGAGGGGUAACCUGGCCCGUCUGCGUUGCUGUGUGGAGGAGCUGAGGUCCCUACCUCGAGAGGGGUUCAUAAACGCCCCUAGAGGAGAGCUGCUCAAACAGGCAGUGCUGGACAGCCUACAGCAGUUUAAACAGUAUACACGACACUCUACCGCUCCUAACCAGGCCAACACGAAUGUCUCUGUUGAGGUAACCUUGGUGACGAGCCUGCCAGGGCAUGGAGUGGUUCGACAGCUGGAGGCCCGGUUAAAAAACACUGAUUUGGUGUCUCUACGCCGCCUGCUUGUUGUCCACAUCAGUACUGCAGGGAGAGAGGACGCAGACCUUUGGGGCCACGACACACCCUCACCAGAGACUGCACAGAACGCUGAAGACAUGCUGACGUUGGGUACAGAGAUUGACCUGCAGGAGGUGGAUAAUAGUGUGGUUGCCAUGGAGAUGAUGCUGAAGGCAUGGCUACAUGACCAGGCCGGAGAUAGGGAACAACUCCACCUACUUCUACCACCUGGACUGAACAGUGGGAACACACCUCGUCAUGGGCCCAGAGCUGGUCCAGUGUAUGUGAAGUGUGACAUAGAGGAGCGUCUUCUAAGUCCAGCCCUCUUACCUCUGACCCCUUACCUUGGUGUCAAGACGGAUAGCCCCAAGGACUUCCUGGUUCCUGCCAAUAGCUUAGCCAGUCAGAGUCCUCCACCUCAGACACUCAGAGUUAUCAAGGCCCUGCAUGCAGACGGUGUGUGUGAGAGCGUGUUAUACGGCUUACCCCUUAUUGUCAGACCUACUACCUGUUGGCAACUGGACUGGGAAGACAUGGAGAACAACCAGCACCUCUUCCACGCUCUCUGCCGCACGCUGAGGGCUCGUGACUGGUUUCUACUGGUACGUUCAGAGCCUGCUGUCGGGGGCUUUACUGGGGGUGUGUGUAGCCAUUACCUGCUCCAGCCUUCUGCCUCCCUCACUCUCCUCCUCAAACCCGUGGCCAACAGAGAGCUACUGCUACCCUGCCAACUGCCUGACUCAAAUCAGGACCCCCCACCAGACGCACUUAACAUAAUACAGGGUUGUCUAGAUCAGUUGGAACUGGACACUCUCUUUAACCCUCUGUCCCUGAGGAGUAACCUGUACCAACACCUGGUGACUAGAGAAGCACUGUCCAGACCGUCAUAUCCCUACAAAACGCAGCAGCACCUCCGCAGGGACCAACCACGACCAGCAGCACAACAGCCAAAACAGCAGCAACAGUGUGGUCAGUCUCAGAGGGGUAGCAGCAGGGUGAGAGUGGCCGUCGCACCCUUCCCCUCAGCCCCGCCUCCCCCGAAGAUAUCCCGGCUCGCCCUGACCACGAGUGGCAGCUCCCAGGCCACCGCAAAGCCACUGGGCUGCUGCGAGGACCACGAUCGACUCAUGUUCCUUUGAGUCUCAUGACAGAAGGGCAAACCUGAGACCUUCAACAUGGAGCGGUUUCGUAAUGACCACAUGCGAAGUAGGCUCACAAACAGGUUUUUGACAACCAAACAAGUUUGACAAGCAAGUCCCUUCAUCUUGAGAUGGAGGUCAACACUCUAACUGAACAUAUCCAAUGAACUUAGCAAGGUCAGCCCUUAGGACCUCUACGUCAACAGAGCACCACAUAGGUUCCAUUUAUUCAGCCACACUCAAGUAGGCAGAGCUACGCAGAAGCAGUGCUAACGGGGUACAAAGUUUGCUGAUGAGUCAGCGCCACUUUAACUGUUAAUAUGGUAAUGUGGUUCCUACAGUCGGUACAGAAUCAAAGCUGCUCACGCACACAAGCUGAAGUAAUUACACAAACUCACACACACACUGAAGUAAUUACACAAACAC